AACAUUUAAGUGUUCAAUGAAGACAGAAGUGUCAAGAAGUCGAUCACGUAGCCCUGUCCGCGGGAGAAGAAGUGACUCUGUUCCACGUCGCCGCGAUCGUGGAGGAGAACGCGGAAAUAGAAUAGAUCACAAAAGUGACAAGAUGGUUUAUUUGUCUAAUCUUCCUUGGGAAUUGAAAUGGAUGGAACUGAAGGAUAUUAUUCGAGAGAAAGCCGGCGAGGUAAAUUUUGUUGAAAUGCUUGAAGACAGAGAUGGACGUUCUAAAGGAUGUGCUGUAGUUGAAUUUAAACAUAGGGAAGGGGCAAAUAAAUGUAUUGACAACAUGCACCGAACAGAACUUCAUGAUCGUUUGAUUAUUGCAAAGGAGAUUAGAGAUCCAAUUGCUUUCUUCCGCAAAGUAAAAGAAGACACUGGAAUUGAUUUUCUUGGUGGCGGUGAUCGUCCUGAACGUACUCGAGGAGCAGCUUCUGCUUUGAAUCGUGAUGGCGUCAGCACUAGUUUAAGUAUUAACGAAAGCGAAACUUUUGGUUUAAGCCCUUCGUUUUUGCGUCAAUUGGGAAUUGGAACACCUCUUUGCAAUCGAGUUUUUGUCACAAAUAUUCCCUAUAAUUGUACUGUCGGCCGUCUUUUUGAUAUUUGUGCAUUAGCUGGAAAAGUAACAUGGAUGGAUCUACAGAUGGACAAAGAGGGAAAAACAAAAGGAAUGGCUGUUUGUGUGUAUUCGCAUCCUAUAGAAGCUGUUCAGGCUGUCUCGAUGUUGAAUGGGCAACGACUUUUGGAUAGAACUUUGGCUGUUCGGAUGGAUCGUUAUCCGAAGGAUAUUGAAAGACGCGACCCUGGAGGACUUCCGUUUGGUCUUCGUGGUGUUGGAAUGGGACUUGGUGCGAAUGGAGCUCCUCUUACAGACGUUGCCAGUGUUCUUUCAAAUAUGAAUUCUGUCCCAGUUUCCACUCCAAUUAAUGGAACUGUCGCUCCAGUAGCUACUCCUUUGUUGGCUACAGCUGUACCCGCGCCUUUGAGUUGGGGAGGGAUAACUAACCAAGUACCAAUACAAACCCUUCAACAAGUAAUUCCUCAACAAGAACAACAGAUUGGGCAUUUCCAGUCUCCUGCCCAACCUACAACCUUCCAAUCAACCUUUUUUGGUACUCAGUCGAUAGGGCAGUCACAUACCUCUUCUCACAGUCAAAGUAUUGGUCAGCCUCGUAUAACGCCAGGUAUAUUAUCCCAAUUUGGAGGAAGUGGUGGAAGUGGUUCUCAAUAUUCAACAAAAACAUCUCCAAAUUUUUCGUCACAACCAAUUACUCAACAAUCAACUGUUGGGAUGAAGUUUGAGUAUGGAAAUGGCAGUGGUUUUGGGUCGAUGGGUGGUUCGGCUUCUUCGGGUGGUGGAGGAAAUUAUGAAGUUUCUCGCAUUAUCCUCAUUAAAAAUUUGCCAGUCGACUAUACUUGGCAAAUUGUCAGUGAUCGCGUUCAGCAAUUUGGCGAUCUUGAAUCUGUCGAAAUGAUAACACCAGGUGUUGCUAAAGUUCGUUUUGUUCAAUUAAAAGAUGCUGAAAGAGCUAAGGCUGCAUUACAAGGAACAACAGUCGAAGGAAGGAUGAUUAACAUUGAAUAUUUAUGA